AUGCAGAACCAACAGGAAAUCGGCGGUGCCAAAGCUCUCCUCCUGUUGGGCACAAAAGACACACUCGACAACAAGACCCACGGUCCGCAACAUGGUCCUGCCCAAUCAGAUUUAAACGACGACUCUAAUACAUCCCAGUCACAGAAUGAGGAACACAAUUUAAACGAAAAUGAACUACAUGUGGUGCACGACGUGGACGACGAGCGCCAUCAUCUCGAUGCCCACGGUCUGAGUGUUGCUGACUCGAACGACGAUUUGUUGCAUGAGCAUCUCGAAAGUGAGUCGCAUGACCAUAAUCACGAACAUAACCACCAACACAAUCAUGAACAACACCAUAAUCAUCAUGAAAAUGGGCACAUUGGUCAUGUGCACCAUGACUCCGUAGAAGAUCAUGACCAGGAGCUUUUCGAUAAGGCUAGUCAGCAACUAAAUGAUGCAGUUGAGGCUGCAGUGAUGCGCUACGUUGGCGGCACUUUGGCUACCGAGGACGACCUGUUAGGUCAUGGCGAAGACGAUCCACAGAACGCAGGGCCGGACGGCUUGCCGAAAAGACAACGUGUUCAGGACGAUCUCAUGAAUGAGUACCAUUGGGAUAGAUUUCUUGAGCCAGAAGAGGUGGCAGCCUUUGAUAGGCCAACGCCACGGAAGAGGGCUCGUAAGAGCUUUAUGAGCGGUGGAGAGAUAGACCCUGAGCUAGCAGACCUCGAUGCAUCCGCAGAGCAUGAUCUGUUGGUACAUGCUGCCAUUGGUGAUCUCGCCAAGGAGCUCCAAUUACCCGACGGGCAAGGGAAGCUCCAUCACUCGAUGUUUCUGGACGCUCGAGAUGGCUCUGCGCUCGACGCUUCAGCGCGCAUGUCUUCAGCAAACGGCAUUGAAGGAACGCUACGUUCGCACAUGGGUUUGAACUCUGGAAAUGGCCCGGCCUCAAUCAGUCACUUGGCGCCGAAAAAUAGACAUAUUCUUAGCCAGAAAACCCGGCGUCCUCUCAAGGCAAUACCGGAUGGUUUACCUCUGGAAUUAGACUUGUCCAACGGAUUCAACUCUCAACUGAAGUAUACCACUCAAUCCAUAGAAGAACUCGUCAAGGAGGCUGCAAGCGAGGCGCAUUUGUGGCUUAGCACGCAAAGUAAUGUUGGUGCACGCGGGCCGCGCCUUUUUUCCCAAGAAGAAAUCAACAUUGUGGACAACUUUAUUCAGGCGUACUGUCGCCUCAACAAUCUCACCCGAGCACAAAUUUGUGAGCGUGUAUGGUCAGUAGACAAACCGAAAGACAAGUUUUGGGAAUAUCUUACAAAGGUAUUGCCUUAUCGCUCUCGUGCUUCUGUUUACAAACAUGUUCGCCGCCAAUAUCACGUAUUUAACGUAAGAGCGAAAUGGACUAAAGAGGAAGACGAUCAGCUCAGAAAAUACGCGGAGCAAACUACCACAAACUGGAAGCGGAUAGGUGAAGCUAUGAACAGAAUGCCAGAGGAUUGUCGCGAUAGAUGGCGUAAUUACCUAAAGUGUGGUGAAAAUAGAGCUAAGAACAAGUGGUCUGAGGAUGAAGAGAACACCCUUAAGCAAAUAAUCAUGGAGCUACAUUCAACGCUGGUGGGCAAGGAUAAACAAAAUUCCAUCAAUUGGACUUUGGUGAGUGAGAAAAUGAACGGUAUCCGAUCCCGUAUUCAGUGCCGGUACAAAUGGAACAAACUAGUACGGCGAGACCUGAUGUCUCGCAUUGCCAUGAUGGGAUCGUGUACAAAGAUCUGGCUUUUGAACCGUUUACUCGACUUGAAUGUGCACGAACAAGAUGCCAUCAAUUGGGAAUACCUUGCUCAAAGUUAUCAUGCCGAGCACAAAAAUGACAAAACCAAGUAUGCCUGGUCUUCGAGUGACUUUCUGGUCGCAUUUGAGAAAUUGCGCAACUCGGUUCGUGACCACAAAAUCCUCCCUCUUCACAGCAUUAUCUCCAAGCUUUUGGGCAUCGUCUAUCUGACACCGGGUCCUGAAGAAGACCUCUCUGUAGAACCUGACCUUCGUCCAAAGCAAGUGAGUCCGGACCAGCAUCGUCUAAAAAAGACAGUUGAGCCUAUUCGCCCCAAAGAGGUCAGCGCCGCGGAACGCGAAGCUGCCUCUGUUGCUAAUGCAGCCGUUGCAGCAGUCUCGAUGGGAGUCAACGGUCCAGACGCUCAACAUCAGGAGUAUAGUUUGUGGAGAUAG